AGAUUUUACAUGAAGAAACUAUAAAAAGAACCGAAGUUGUAUUUCUCCAUUACACUUCAAAGCUUUAAUUUCGUAUUGAACCCAUUAGAUAAAUUAACUUAAUUUUGUGUGUAUAAAAAUACCUUCGAGCAUAAAGGGGGAAAAGUGGGGGCACAGCAUAUGAACUUUCGGAUUUUCAAUACUUUCGGAGAAUAUAGACUAAUUUGUCUCCGAAUUCUGCGACCUGUAGCUUCCACCACUUUUCGUCCUUAUUCUACAGGGAAGAAUCACUUAGAACAGCUGUGAUGGUUGCAAAUGACUAUUUUCCUCCUUUGUUCAGUGUGGCCCCAAUGAUGGACUGGACAGAUCAUCACUAUAGGACUCUUGCACGUCUCUUGUCAAAGCACACUUGGCUCUACACGGAGAUGCUUGCUGCUGAAACAAUUGUUUAUCAAAAGGGAAAUCUGGACAGAUUCUUGGCAUAUUGUCCAGAUCAACAUCCUAUUGUGCUUCAAAUUGGUGGAAGUAAUUUAGAUAAUUUGGCAAAAGCAACUGAACUGGCAAAUGCGUAUUGCUAUGAUGAGAUCAACUUCAAGUUUGUUUAUUUUCUUAUCAGCUUAAUUCAUAAUGUUUCAUUUUUAUAUUACUAUCUGGUAGAUCUGAUUUUUUUAUUUUUGACUUAUGCCAGCUGUGGAUGCCCAAGUCCUAGAGUAGCUGGACGUGGAUGCUUUGGUGCACGUCUUAUGCUUGAUCCAAAGUUUGUUGCAGAGGCUAUUUCAUUGAUUUUUGCCAAUACAAAUGUACCUGUUACUGUUAAAUGUCGAAUUGGUGUGGAUGAUCAUGAUUCCUACAAUGAAUUGUGUGAUUUCAUUUACAAGGUUUCUUCUCUAUCACCUGCCAAGCAUUUCAUAAUUCACUCAAGGAAGGCAUUGCUUAAGGGCCUUAGCCCAGCUGAAAAUCGGAGUAUUCCUCCACUGAAAUAUGAAUACUUUUAUGGCCUCUUACGAGACUUCCCUGACUUAACAUUUACAAUCAAUGGGGGUAUUACUAGUAUUGAUGAGGCCAAUGGAGCUCUAAAGGCCGGGGCCCAUGGUGUUAUGGUUGGACGUGCUGCAUACCAUAACCCUUGGCAUAUUUUGGGACAUGUUGAUUCUGCAAUUUAUGGUGCACCAAGUAGUGAUCUUACACGUCGUCAGGUUCUUGAGGAAUAUCAAGUAUAUGGGGACUCAGUAUUAGGACAAUAUGGACUCGGCCCAACUGUCCGAGAUAUUGUGAAGCCUUUGCUUGGUUUUUUCCAUUCUGAGCCUGGGAAUGGGCUUUGGAAGCGCAAAGCAGAUUCAGCAGUCCAAACUUGCACGACAAUUAAAUCAUUUUUCGAAGAAACCCUUGUAGCAAUUCCUGACUCAGUCUUGGAUUCACCUAUGGCGGAACCACAACAUGGUCGUGGAGAUCUCUUUGCUGACAUACACAACUUGCUACCUCCACCAUACACAACAAGACAAGAGAGUGUCAUAUAAAUAAGUCGAUCUGAUAUCUAGGAUGGAGAAACUUGUGAAAAACAGGGGACUGCAAUUCUGCAAUUCUUUGUGAUUUGAUUUGUUUACUAAUGAUUUUGAUCAAUUAGGUAAUGUGUUAGCGUCAUCACUUUAGAUGAAUGUUGGGUAGUUCAUAUCAACAUGGCAUUAUUUGAGAAAAAAAAAAAGGACUUGGAAAUGUUUUGCAAUUGUUUCAUGUAGCAUCCUCGACUUCUAGGCCAAUAACGCUUGUCGUUGUUUUUUUGAACCUGGAACUCGUAAUUGCUACAUGUAUUAUUCUAAUUUUAAGUUUAAA